AUGGCUUGGAAGUACCUGUCUGGUCAAGUGAAGGAAUGUUUCCAGGCAAACUUGCUGUAUUUUGCUGUGUUUAGUAAUGUGCAUACUGGGAAGCUGAGGCAGCUUUUUGGGAGUGCGGUGCCUGCUUUCCCUCCGAAGUUUUACCUGACAAUGACCAAGUCAAUGGCAGAUGAGAGACAGUCUCAGCUGGAGCAGUACCUUCAGAAUGUUACUUUGGAUUCAAAUAUUACCAAUAGUGAUGUCUUCACAGGUUUUUUCCGAAAGCUUCAGCAGGAUACAUUUAAGAUCCAAACCCAGAGAGCCUUUUUGGAUGUUUACCUUGCUGAUGGCAGCAAUAUUAGACUCGAUAUCCAGACAUCGGACACUGCAGAAAGAAUAUUAGAGGUUAUAUCGUGCAAGAUGGGGCUACCAAGAGAAUUAAUAAAAUAUUUUAGCUUAUUUUUCUUUCAAGAUCAUGAUGAUGGAGCGCUCUCUGUGGUGAAAAAAGUGGCAGACUUUGAACUUCCUUUUGUGAGUCUUCAGAGCAUGCGAGAGUUGCACUGUAAGCUUGGGAUCAGAAAGUGGUAUAUGGAUCCUUCUCUUGAUACACUGCUGAUGGAUUGUAGAGCUUCGCUGGAUUUGCUAUAUAUGCAGGCAAUCCAGGAAGUUGAGAGGAAUUGGGUUAAACCAACAGAAGGGCAGAUGCAGGAAUUUAAAUUUCUACAAAAAAAUGCAAACAAAGCAAAGUUCCUGGAGCUGAUUCGAGAAAUGCGGUUCUAUGGAUAUGUACGGCUUGAUCCUUGCAUUUGUGACUAUCCAGAAGAAGGCUGCUCAGCUGACAUCUAUGUCGGCAAUAAUGAGAUUAACUGCUGCAUAAAACUGCCUACUAACCAAACCAAAGAGGUCAGCUUUAAAAUCAACAGGUUAAGAAGUUGGCAGGUUACUUUUCUUGGUGCUACAAAGGAUGGUGAAGAUGACACUCUGGAGCUCAGAUUUGAGUACAAUGAUUCAGGCACAUGGCAGUGGAUAAUUUUGUACACAAAACAGGCAUUCUUGCUCAGUAGCUGCUUGAAGAAAAUUAUAUCAGAACAGAUGAUGAAGGCAGCCAAAGAAGGCCAAGAAAUGGAGAUCAAGACGCCUGAAUCUACAAAAAAUAGUAAGAAAUCCAGCGUCCAACAAAAGCAGGUAGUUCAUUCGGGUUUUAUAUCAAGGAAAAGAUUUUUGGUUAGGCCAAAUGAAGACGACCGUGUAUUUGAGAAAAUAAGAGAAGAGGACCUGUGA